AUGGAGAUCCUGGAAGGAGCUGAACUCUGCUUUCCACACCUCCUCAACGCCUCCUGCAGGAAGAAGGUCCGUCCUCACUCUGAGGCCACAACCAUCUACAUCCUGCUGUCCUUCAUCUCUCUGCUCACUGUGGCUCUCAACCUGCUGGUCAUCAUCUCCAUCUCCCACUACAGGCAGCUCCACACCCCCACCAACCUCCUCCUCCUCUCAUUGGCAACAUCAGACCUCCUUGUGGGCCUCCUGCUGAUGCCGACUGAAAUUCCUCGCACAGGGGCCUGCUGGUUUCUUGGUGACUUCAUGUGUGCUGCUUGUAACUGUCUGGCCUUUACCAUUACCUCUACUUCAGUAGGAAACAUGGUUCUCAUAUCAGUCGACCGCUAUGUGGCUAUUUGUGACCCUCUGUGUUACCCCACCAAAGUCACUCAGAGGAGAGUUCAAAUCUGUGUUUGUCUGUGUUGGAUCUGUUCUGUGUUUUACAACAGUCUCAUGCUAAAGGAUUUCCUGAUAAAAGCAGACAGAUAUAAUUCCUGCUAUGGAGAGUGUGUGAUUGUCAUUAACUACAUCGCAGGGUCUGUUGACCUUGUUUUCACUUUUAUGGGUCCCAUUACUGUGAUCAUAGUUCUGUAUAUGAGGGUAUUUGUGGUGGCUGUGUCUCAGGCUCGUGCCAUGAGAUCCCACAUUGUGUCUGUCACUCUGCAGCCUUCAGGGACUGGAACUGCUAAGAAAUCUGAGCUGAAAGCAGCCAGGACUCUUGGUGUUGUUGUAGCUGUGUUUCUACUGUGUUUCUGUCCAUAUUACUACCCUGCUCUUACAGGCCAGGACACUGAAAACAGUAGUUCAUCUUCUGCUUUUUUGGUUUGGCUGCUGUAUUGUAACUCCAGUUUAAACCCUGUGAUCUAUGCCUUUUUCUAUCCCUGGUUUAGAAAAUCUAUUAAACUGAUUGUUACACUUCAGAUCCUGCAGCCUGACUCCUGUGGGACCAACAUAUUGUAG